UGUUCUACAUACGACCGAGGCGCUGUGCCAUUCCAGUUCUGUUAAGGUCCAAAAACGGCAGCCAAGUUGUGCCAGGAAAAUAUCGGAAAAUGUUUAAAUAUAUCGCAAUAGUGGCGUUAGUGCUGGGCUACACUGCCGGAAACGCAUCGGCAUUACAAUGCUUCACCUGCACUACCUUUAACAAUACUAACUGUUUGGUACCGGACCGACGCAACGAGCUGUUGGAAUGUCCUCCCUCUCCGAAUGUUAAUGAAAUUACCUGCUUCACGCGCAUUGUGGGCCAGGAUGUGGAGCGUGGAUGUGCCACAGAGCUAACGGCAAACGAACGUGACAACUGUGCCCUGGUAAACAAUUGUCAGCUUUGCGCGAACGUAAACAACGAGACCUGCAACGGCAACCUGUUCCCGCACGGUCGUCUACACUGCCACCAGUGCGAAGGAAACACCAACAGUACUUGCGCCGACGAGCUCCAAACGGAAGCGUCGCCCUGUUUGCGCUUUGUGGCCGACGAUCGAUGUGUGGUACAGGUGCGGGAAAACAACGUGCUGCGCGGAUGCCUCUCGGAAAAUGACGCCUGCCGGACCAGCGGUGACUGUCACGUGUGUUCUGGCAAUGGGUGCAAUUUCCGGCAUUUCGAGUACAGUGCAGCGCUCAGUGUGGUCGCACAAAUGCCGCUGCUUAUCGCAGCCAUUCUGCUGACUGCUUUCGUCACUAAUAGUCUGUAAGCUCUGGCAUGUCCUUCACGGACAUUGUAUGCAUACGUCUUUAAGCAUGUAGUUUGUAGCUCACGGUGACGCUAACAAAACGAACAUAAAAAUAGUG